AUGUAUGUACUAUUAAGAGAAGACCUACCAAAUCAGAAACGAAAGAUAAGAAUGAACUUUGAGGGUCAGCAGAGUCCAUUUUAUAACCAUUUUCAAAAUUUGGAAUUUGAUGACAGAAAAGAAAAUGGUGAUCCGUCUGAUAAAACAUACAUCUACCGAAAUCUGAUGGCACAAAUUUCAUUUGCAGCUAAUUCAAAUUUUGUAUCAGCUCAUGCUAUUGAGAUGUUAUGGAUUGUUCAUAAACAACUUGUAAAGAAAAGUCAGGAAUUUACUCAAAGAUAUACAAACAAAUUAACUGUCCAGCUUCUUAAUAUGUUUGAUGCUACAAAAACUGCCGGGGUGAAUGAAAAAUCAACUUUUAAUCAAGUUCCUGCUUCCAUUCAAACUCCUAUCACAGAUUUCAGUUCAAAAUUCUCACCACCACUACCAAAUGUUGUCAAUUUCACAUCAGUAGCUAAUGACAGGGUAAAGGAAAGUUUCAUUGGCAACACAUUGAAUAGAACAUUCUUUUCAAAGAAAUCUCUAUUUACCAAUUCAGGUUCUGGAUGUCAGGAGAGUUCAAACUCAAGAUUUGAUUAUGAUCAGGCUAUUGACCAAAAAAACAGGCACCAGUUUUGGAGAUCUACAGACCAAGAUAUUGAGGAUGAUAAUGAAUUUGAAAAAAAUCCUGCAAAGUCCAUGGACUUCCGAACAGCCAGGGAACAAAUGGUUGUUAAUCAUCAGAAAAAAUAUGGAAGAGGAGUGGGUAGUGGAUCAACAACUACAAGCGUUAGUAGAAAAUGUCUUGGAACCAGACGAGGUCUCAACAGUAAAUUUGUAUCUCCAAUGAAUAACAGAGAUCAGGAAAAUUAUGACGGUGAUAGCUUAACACAUUCAUCAUCAAUAAAGAGACCAGUUGUUGGAAAGAAUGAAGAAAAUGAAUGUGUAGAUGAACGACUGAAAGGAAUUGACCCCAAAAUAAUAGAACUGAUUAUGAAUGAGAUAAUGGAUCAUGGCCCUGGAGUGAAUUGGGAUGAUAUCGCUGGAUUGGAAUUUGCAAAAAAAAAUAUCAAAGAAAUUGUAGUGUGGCCCAUGCUUCGUCCGGACAUAUUUACUGGAUUACGUGGUCCGCCUAAAGGAUUGUUAUUAUUUGGCCCUCCAGGCACAGGAAAAACUUUAAUUGGCAAAUGUAUUGCUAGUCAAUCAAAAUCUACUUUCUUCAGCAUCAGUGCUUCAUCAUUGACAUCUAAAUGGGUGGGUGAAGGCGAAAAGACAGUACGUGCCUUAUUUGCAGUUGCUCGAUGUCAUCAACCAACUGUGAUUUUCAUUGAUGAAAUUGAUUCCUUGUUGUCUCAGCGAAAUGACAAUGAACAUGAAUCUUCCCGAAGAAUUAAAACUGAGUUUCUUGUUCAGCUGAACUCUCUGCUGACACUGUCCUGGGAAGCAAUUUGCAUGUCCAAAUAUGAGGCACUCUCUCUCUGCGGGAGUGGCGGUAGCAAUACAUCAAUCCACCAUCUUGUUCUCCCCACUUCUCUUGCUCACACCUCACACCAGUACCUUUCAGUGGGCAAAUUCAUUUUCCUCCAACUUCCUCAUGCUGCCACCAUCCUGGGAAUAGCUUGCCUCUCCCCUUCCCAACAGCAGAAAACAGUAUGCUCACUCUGUAAUGAAGUCUCUCUCCCUUCCUCCUUCACUGCAAUUAGUAAUUACUACUUCAACUGGGUUUCAUCACAGGGCCAUUAUCUUUCUUUCUUUUACUUGACUCUGUUCUCUACUUCUUUUUUUGUUAAAUUUUAUUUCUUUCAACUGCUUUUAGAGUUAGGAGAAAGGUGUUUCAUCCUCCUCUUCCCAAUCAGUUCUUCUUCGCCUUCAGGAGGUUUCGAACCAGAACACAAAACUCCAUCAUUUAGGUUCUUUACACUCAUCCAAUGA